AUGAACCUGAACGAACGCAUAAUCGGUAACCAGUUUUUUGCCCAAACUGUUGACGAUGGAACUGCCCCUUCCAUUGGUAGUGCAGCAGGUGGUAUCGGCGCCGGAAUAGUCCCUUUCAUAGCGACUGCUGCAUUUGGACCCGUAGUAAACACCGGUGUCGGUACAACCGAAAACAAACCGCAACAGUUUAGCGCCAAAUCUAGCAACGGUCCGAUGCUGUUGAAACAAAACACUGAGAUCAUGCACCUAUCGCCCCAUCAUCAUCUACCACCUCAUCAUCCGCUGGUGCUGCAGCAGAUGCACCAGUUGAAAGCCGCCAAGAGUCGCAGCCUAAGUACGGGUUCCUACAUUACUAAAGAAUCGAGUGUUCAUUCUAGCGUAGAGAAGAUUAUCAAAUCCAAUAGUAAUUCCGACCUGAACGAGAACGCGCAAAAGACGAUCGACACUAUUCCGAAGAACCGUUCCCUAGAAGAUAGCAGAACUAUGAAGCUCACCCAGUCGCACUCACCGAUGCAGAUGCGCAAACCGAUACUGCGCAAAUCCAAAAAGAUUGUCCGUACCGACUCGGAGUUCCUGAAAGGGAACAUUUACGAGAAGGAAUCUAGUUUAUCGAGCUCACAGUACACCCCCACUCACGAAAAACGACGGGAAUUUGCGGAGCACCACAGCAGUAACCCCUCCUCGGAAACGCACAAGUCGACCGAUGAAAGUUCGAAAAACAUUUCAACGGACGAAAUCGAUACAGUCUUUUCCGAUACGAUGGAAUUGGAACAGAUGGAAGCAGAUUACAAGAUGCACUUGAAGAACAAUCUUCAGCGAGAGUACAAAAGCGAUAGCGAUACGUUAGACGAAAUUGGGAAACGGCAUACAGACUACAGCACGUGGAAGAAUCAAAGCUAUGAAAACACCUUCGAGAUCCGGGAAGAGAAGCAGGAACAAGAAGUGAAAGAGAAUGGGAAUUCCUGCAAGGAUACCCUCAAGACUGAUACAGUGAAGACGGAAGCAGAACGAUCGAAAAGUUUAGAAGUUCCCGAUUCACAGAAAACGUCGAAUAGUGAACAGACAGCAGGCAGAACUCUAGCACGGCCGACCGAGCUAGAGCUCGGAACGUCAUCCGAUAGUAGUACCAAACCACCCUCUACAGAUGGUCCCUUCGGUCAUCUGUUCGAGAAGAAUUUAGGUCGCUUCAAAAAAAUGAACAAACUAUUGAAGUGCAAGCGAUUCAGCACUUCAGCGCUUUACGACAAGAAAAGCAAACCAAAUUUUAAAGAAACGAUGUUUUUCGAGGAUAAAUCAUCACCGCUAAAAGCUAGCGUCGAAGCCUCUAGAUCCCCAGCCAAAUCUUGCCAUUCACAGUCGAAAGCUUCGAUCAGUUCGUCUAAAUCCUCUCUGUUCGGUGCGAAGAAAAGCAACGUUUUCAACCUGAAAGGUAAAAAAUUUCUAUUCUCCAAUAGUAGCAGCACGGCCGCCGACGCAAACUCGAAGAUAUCUCCGAAUAAAUCGAAAUCGAGUAAUGAAAUUAGCUACUGUCGCACUAAGUCUGUUAAAAGUACGAAAAAGUCCGUCAAAACCAACAGUACGGCCUGUCUGAAUCUGGAGACAACCAGUACGUCACCGCUGUCGGAAGCUUUCUACAAUCCAACCGGCAGUGUCCGACUGAGUGCAAUGGAGCUGUACGAAAAGUUUUGCUCACGAGAUUUCAGCGGGCUGUACAAACAUGAAACCCUUCGGGGAGAUCAGACUGCGGAUGAAGAUUCGGAUCGUUACGAUCCGAAUCGAAAUCUCGGGGCUAUUCGUAAGUACAAACGGAAAAACUUCAAGCUGUUGCGACAGAAAAGCGAACCGAAGUUUUCCUUCCGAACUGAUACGUUGUAUGAGAAUGAGGAUAGUUACGAUGACUAUCAGGAUGAAGAGCAGAAGAAUGAGUACGAAGUUGAAGAUUAUAAUCAGUUUUUGUAUGACGAACAGUACUAUGAGGAGGACAUCGAGAAUUUAAGCAUUGAGAACAUCUACUAUCGAGGGAAUCUGAUACGGGAGGAUGGCACCGUGGUGGAAGCUUAUGAGUAUGGAGAGGAGGAUUACGAGGGUGAAGAAGACGAAGAGGAAGAAGAAGAGGAGGAGGAUGAGGAAGAGGAGGAAGAAGAUGUGGGAUUGGAAGAAUACGAUGAAGAUAUACAAGAGCAAUGCGAAGAGGAAGUGGAAUUGAACGACGGCAGUCUUGAACCGCCGCUGAUUGAUGCAGCAACUGCCGUAGAUUCUGACUGUGAUGAAAUAUAUCUGAUGCCACGAAAUGAAUCGAAAAAAUUGAUAAUUCGCGAUUUUCUCUUCCAUCAUAGCAACAACGAGUUCGACACAGCAGAAGAUCGGUAUGAAGCUACGCAAUCCGAGUUGAGAUUAGACAGCGUCAGCAAUCGGGAUCAGGAAACAUUGACGAUCUACAAAAUCUGUUCCAAGGAGAGUAUUUUAGACUCAAAAGGUGACCUAGACAAUAUUCCACUUAGCUCGUCACUAGAUCCGCACUUUCUCAAGUCGGACUGCUUGACAGCGCUAGAACGGACCGUCUCGCUGGAGCUGCUUAGCAAUUCCAGCGGCACGCUCAACAAAUCUACGUUAACAGAUUACGCAUUUGAUACGGUUAAAAAUGUAAAUCUAGAUAGCUGUAGCACUUCGAGACUAAGUCUAUCGUUGAAAAGUGAAAUCUUCGAGGAAACUUUAGCUAACGCCACCAACAGUGGAUCGGGAGAAAUCCGAGAAAUUAAGAAUUGGAACAUCGAAGACUUCACGCUUACUCCUGAUGGGUCAGUUUCCGACGAAACCAUAGACGAGUUGCUGAAAUCCCAUCUGGCAGAGGAAGCUGAUAGUGAUACGAUACCUCAAAAAGCGCCGGAGAAUAACGAACCAAGCAUACGAGGUCAAGCAAAUCCGCCGGCCGGCGAAUACACCAUUAUCGAUCUGGAUGAGGAACCCUAUCAGUUGGACCCGGCCAUAUCCGAUUUCACGAACGAGAUCACGAAGGAGUUUGAUUUAUUAUUUUCACGAGCCGAAACGGAAUCACACGCCGCUAGCUACUCCGGCAGUCCAACGAACAAUGAAGACGAGAACGAUCCGAACAGUACCCAAGCCCGUCUCGAUCUGUUGGAUCCGAAACCGGUGGCGAUCGAGCUCCCCACUCGCUACUCCAUGCAAAGGCUAGAGCCCAUCAACCUAGAUGCUGAUGAGAUUAAUAUUACAAGACACGUCAAGGACCAACCAAAAACAGAACACGAUAGUGCCAAAGCAGUAGCUGUAGAUAAAAAGUGUAAAGUAGAUAAACAUAAUACUUCGGACGACGGUCGGACCGGUAGCUCGGUGGUAGCAGCCGUGGGUGAUGAUCGUUUACGAAAAGCUCGUAGUCAAUCCUUGGGUAACCUUAAGAACAAAGCCAAAUGUUUUCCAUUAUAG